UACUAAUUUGGCGAACCAAAGAUCUUUAUUUACUUAGAUUGUGGAUGUGGAUUUGAGGAGGGAGUUCGUUUAGUAUUUUGGAGAAUGCACCGAAACUAUUUAUUAUAAAAGCGUACGCGUUUCGUGCAACAGUGUAAUAUCUUUUUGUUUCUUUAUUAUUGUUUUUUUUCCUCUUCAUAAUAAACUAAGCAUCUUCAACACUCACGCAUAUAAAAGGAGACAGUGUUUAUUUUUCUCAUUUUAAAUCUAAUAGAAAAUCUUUCACGAUGGAGAGAAAAUUUAUGAAUGUUAUUCUACUUGGAUUCGGAUUUAUGUUUGUUUUUACUGCAUUUCAAACUAUGGGAAACAUUGAGAAAACGAUUCUGGACAGCAUAAGGCAAGAUGACAGCACGUUUACAGCUGAUGGGUACACAUCCUUGGCCAUCAUCUACGCGACCCUCGCUAUUUUUAACUGGAUGGCCCCUUCCUUGAUCACAAUAACUGGGCCCAGAGGUGCAAUGCUUAUUGGAGCUGUGACUUAUUUAUUCUUCAUAAUAACAUUCCUGUUCCCUCGAACAUGGUUACUCUAUGUGGCGAGUGUCUUAAUCGGCGCAGGCGCAGCCGCCAUUUGGACUGGUCAGGGUAACUACCUCACCCUCAACAGUGAUGCUGACACCAUAUCCAGAAAUUCAGGGGUUUUCUGGGCUAUGUUACAAUGCAGUUUGUUCUUUGGCAAUCUCUUCGUGUUCAUAAAGUUCCAAGGAAAAACUCAUAUAGAUGUGGAGACCCGAAACGUGGUAUUUGGUGCAUUAACAGCAGUGUGUGCUGUCGGUAUUGUUUUCCUGCUGCUCUUGAGGCCAACAAGACGGGCGCCGGCUAUUGACGAUGCCAAGUGCGAAAUUGUGGUCGAGCCGGAAGGUCCUUUGGAUGCCUUCAAAGGCGCUAUAAAGUUGUUCUGCACGCGUGAUAUGAUUUUCUUGAGUGCCGCUUUUAUUUAUACCGGUGUCGAGUUAUCAUUCUUCAGUGGCGUGUACAGUCCUAGUAUUGGCUUUACAUUGGCUAUGGGCGAGAAUGUUAAACAACUCGUGGGCCUCUCUGGAGUAUUCAUUGGAAUGGGAGAAGUUCUUGGUGGCGCCCUCUUCGGAAUCUUAGGCAACAAAACAACUCGUUGGGGCCGGGACCCAAUCGUGAUCAUGGGUUAUUUCAUCCACAUGACCAGUUUCUUCCUCAUAUUCAUAAAUUUGCCCAAUGUAGCUCCAUUCGGUGAUACAAUGGACACCUCUUAUAUAACACCAUCGUCAUACUUGGCCAUGUUGUGCAGUUUCCUUCUUGGUUUCGGGGAUGCCUGCUACAAUACUCAGAUUUAUUCCAUAUUGGGCGGAAAAUACUCUGACAAUAGUACUUCAGCGUUUGCCCUGUUCAAGUUCACUCAGUCAUUAGCUGCAGCAGCUUGCUUCUUCUACUCAUCGAAGGCCCUGCUUUCCGUCCAAUUAGGUGUACUAGCAGUUUUAGCGUCUAUUGGUACUGCAGCCUUUUGCCGAGUAGAAUGGUCUGACAGAGCCAGAAGUCGUCUAGCCGUAGACAAUGUCGAUGACAAAUUGUCACCCGUCACUCAUUCUUUGGCAGAUAAUGCAUUGCACUAUGACUGAAUUUGAACAGAUAAGUGCAAUGAAAUUUGCAAUUACCAUUGUUGACUCUGUGUUACCUUUAGAAAUAUUGACACACCAUAACGAUUUUAAUGCAUUAAGAAAUGCUAUUUAAAAAUCAAGAGCUUUUUUAGUAAAAUCUGUUUAGUGAUAUUGACUGUA